CGCGUUUUCAAUAGGCGGGAUUUAGUGGGUGACGUGUAGGUGACUGCUUUUGCGGGGAGUGUUCAUGUAACGGAGGUCAGGGAUAAGCUGAGUCUGGUCUGUUGCUGGCGAAAUGGUGUUCAUGCAGUGAGAAAAUAAACACAGGUUUCAAAUGUCUGAUAACAUUCACAAGGACUUCCUUGCUCCUGAGGAGCCUUUUCCAGUGCUCUUGCAGCAGGGAAACCUCAGUGAAGAUGGUACACUGGAUGUCAGUGACUUUGGCUGUCGGCUUUCCUCUUGUCAUCGGACAGACCCUCUGCACCGCUUCCACAGCCACAGAUGGAACCUUACCUCAUGUGGCACCAGUGUGGCAAGUUCAGAAUGCAGUGAGGAACUCUUUUCUUCUGUGUCUGUGGGGGAUCAAGAUGACUGCUUCUCUCUUCUGGAUGACCAGGAGCUCACUUCUUUUGACUUCUUCCCAGAAGGCAGUGUCUGCAGUGAUGUAUCGUCUUCCAUCAGCACAUACUGGGACUGGUCUGACAGUGAGUUUGAGUGGCAGUUGCCAGGAAGUGAUAUUGCCAGUGGUAGUGAUGUAGUCUCUGACAUCAUACCCAGUAUACCAAGCUCACCUUGCCUUGUUUCCAAACGAAAGUCUAAAUCGUAUAGGAACCUGGAUGAAUUACCUUGGAGUGCCAUGACCAAUGAUGAACAGGUGGAGUAUAUUGAGUAUUUGAGCCGCAAAGUGAGUACAGAAAUGGGGCUGCGGGAGCAGCUUGACAUCAUUAAAAUAAUCGACCCAAGUGCUCAGAUAUCUCCAACCGACAGCGAGUUCAUCAUUGAGCUUAACUGCCUUACGGAUGAUAAACUAAAACAGGUAAGGAACUACAUCAAAGAUCACAGUCCACGCCAAAGACCCGCAAGUUUGCGAGACAGCUGGAAGAGGAGUGUCCCCAGCAGUGCCAGUGCUGUGAGUGUGCAGAGCAGCAGCAGUGUCAGCAUGGUUAGCAGCACCAGCAGCAGUGCAGGUUCAAUCAGUUCCAAUUCGUCCACAAGCAUCAGUUGUGCACACAGUGAAGGCAACCUGGCCACUGUGGCUGAGCGCAUCCGAGAUUCCAAGAAACGCUCAAAGCAGAGAAAACUGCAGCAGAAGGCUCUGCGAAAAAGACAUCUGAAAGAACAGAGACAGGCUCGCAAGGAAAGACUGAGUGGUCUGUUCCUUAAUGAAGAGGUCCUGUCACUCAAAGUCACUGAAGAGGAUGACCACAGUGAUGACAUAGACAUCCUAAUGUGAUGAGAUCAAAUUAUUCGGUGCUCCCUCUAAUCCAUGUCAUUCCACCUCUGUCACUCUUUGUACAUAAAACAACUUCAAAGUAACAAACAAAAAAUGUUAAAUAAAUAAAAUAAAAUAAUAAUGAAAAGAUAAAAAUUAUAUGGCAGUAUUUAACAUUAAAAUAAUUCACAGCUACUAGUCAAACUAGACAAAAAAUUUGUCCAUCAGUUUCUUCCAUAUUCACAUGGGUGGUAUGAAAAAAAAAAAAAACAAGAGAAAUUGAUGGUUCUAGAUCCAAGGUCUUGCUCAAUAAUAUGAACACAAAGAAGCAAAAUAUCCAUUAGUGUCUGUGGAUCAAUAAUUUUUGACUUAUUUUACUUUGUAAUAUGUACUUUUGUGUUUUGGUGUGUGUGUAUAUAUAUAUAUAUAUAUA